AUGGGCGUUCCCUCCUGCAGAUUCCAGGACCCGACGGAGUGGGUGGUCUACGUGGGUACGACCCACCUCAGUGGCUCAGAGGCCAGCACCGUGCGGGCCCGGGUGGCCCAGAUCAUCAAGCAUCCCCUGUACAACGCGGACACAGCUGACUUCGACGUGGCCGUGCUGGAGCUGACCAGCCCUCUGGCUUUCGGCCGGCACAUCCAGCCCGUGUGCCUCCCAGCCGCCACGCACGUCUUCCCACCCAGCAAGAAGUGCCUGAUCUCGGGCUGGGGCUACCUGAAGGAGGACUUCCUGGUCAAGCCAGAGGUGCUACAGAAAGCCACUGUGGAGCUGCUGGACCAGGCACUGUGUGCCAGCCUGUAUGGCAACUCGCUCACUGACAGGAUGUUGUGCGCCGGCUACCUGGACGGGAAGGUGGACUCUUGCCAGGGUGACUCAGGAGGACCCCUGGUGUGUGAGGAACCCUCCGGCAGGUUCUUUCUGGCCGGCAUUGUGAGCUGGGGGAUCGGCUGUGCAGAAGCGCGGCGUCCCGGGGUCUAUGCCCGAGUCACCAGGCUGCGUGACUGGAUCCUGGAGGCCACCACCACAGCUAGCAUGACUCCGGCCCUCGUGGCGGCUCCUGCCCCCGCUGCCCCCAGCACGGCCUGGCCCACCAGUCCCCAGAGCUCCGUGGUCAACACCCCCACCAAAUCCACGCCGGCCCCCAGCACCGCGGCUCUUGACUGGGUCACCGUUCUGAAGCUGCAAGAAUGCGGGGCCAGGCCUGCGAUGGAGAAGCCCCCCCGGAUCGUGGGCGGGUUUGCAGCGGACUCCGGGGAGGUGCCCUGGCAGGUCAGCCUGAAGGAAGGGGCCCGGCACUUCUGCGGAGCAACUGUGGUGGGCGACCGCUGGCUGCUGUCUGCCGCACACUGCUUCAACCACACGAAGGUGGAGCAGGUCCGGGCCCACCUGGGCACUGCGUCCCUCCUGGGGCUGGGCGGGAGCCCGGCGAAGGUCGGGCUGCGGCGGGUGGUGCUGCACCCCCUCUACAACCCUGGCAUCCUGGACUUCGACCUGGCCGUCCUGGAGCUGGCCAGCCCCCUGGCCUUCAACAAGUACAUCCAGCCUGUCUGCCUGCCCCUGGCCAUCCAGAAGUUCCCCGUGGGCCGGAAGUGCAUGAUCUCCGGAUGGGGAAAUACACAGGAAGGAAACGUCACCAAGCCCGAGCUCCUGCAGAAGGCGUCUGUGGGGAUUAUAGACCAGAAAACCUGCGGCGUGCUCUACAACUUCUCCCUCACGGACCGCAUGCUCUGCGCGGGCUUCCUGGAAGGCGGAGUCGACUCCUGCCAGGGCGACUCUGGGGGCCCCCUGGCCUGCGAGGAGACCCCCGGCGUGUUUUAUCUGGCAGGGAUCGUGAGCUGGGGGAUUGGCUGCGCUCAAGUUAAGAAGCCUGGCGUGUACACGCGCAUCACGAGGCUGAAGGGCUGGAUUCUGGAGACCAUGGCCUCCCAGCCCCUUCCCGUAUCUCUGCCCUUGACCACAAGGACGCUGGCCACCACCAGCCAUCCCCCCAGGAUGACGGCUGGCCUCACAGUCCUGGGGCCCACCCCCAGCCAACCCACCCCCGUGGCCACCAGCAGGGUGACCGGCCAACCUGCCAACUCAACCUUAUCUGCCGUGAGCAUCACCUCUGGGGGACAGACGCCACUUCCAGACAGCCCAGAGGCCACCACCCGCUACCAGCUACCAGACUGCGGCCUGGCGCCGGCGGCGCUCACCAGGAUUGUCGGGGGCAGCGCGGCCGGCCGUGGGGAGUGGCCGUGGCAGGUGAGCCUGCGGCUGCGGCGCCGGGAGCACCGCUGUGGGGCCGUGCUGGUGGCAGAGAGGUGGCUGCUGUCCGCCGCGCACUGCUUCGACGUCUACGGGGACCCCAAGCAGUGGGCGGCCUUCCUGGGCACGCCGUUCCUGAGCGGCGCGGAGGGGCAGCUGGAGCGCGUGGCGCACAUCUACAAGCACCCGUUCUACAACCUCUACACCCUGGACUACGACGUGGCGCUGCUGGAGCUGGCGGGCCCGGUGCGCCGCAGCCGCCUGGUGCGCCCCAUCUGCCUGCCCGAGCCGGCUCCAAGACCCCCGGACGGCGCGCGCUGUGUCAUCACCGGCUGGGGCUCGGUGCGCGAGGGAGGCUCCAUGGCGCGGCAGCUGCAGAAGGCGGCCGUGCGCCUCCUGAGCGAGCAGACCUGCCGCCGCUUCUACCCAGUGCAGAUCAGCAGCCGCAUGCUGUGUGCUGGCUUCCCGCAGGGAGGCGUGGACAGCUGCUCGGGCGACGCUGGGGGACCCCUGGCCUGCAGGGAGCCCUCUGGACGGUGGGUGCUCACUGGGGUCACCAGCUGGGGCUACGGCUGUGGCCGGCCCCACUUCCCGGGUGUCUACACCCGGGUGGCAGCUGUGAGAGGCUGGAUAGGACAGCACAUCCAGGAGUGAUGCCACGUGGCCGCCUAGGCCAGGACUCUAGGUGAAAAGCAGCAGGGCCAGCAGGCCACCGCACCCCCCCCACCCCCCUCAUUGUACCCUACCCAAGGACAGAC